AGUAGCAUCAGCAGCAGCAGCAGCAGCAGCAGCAGCAGCAGCAGCAGCCACCGCCACAGCAGUAGCAACAUUUAGCAAUAGCUUUAACAGCGAUAGCGACAGUAGCAGCCGCCCUCCUUCUCUCUCCUUCCCGCGGACGGCCACAGCGACCGCACUGAGCAAGGCUCCAGCGCCGCGCGCGCAGCCCGCUAGUGAGAUAGCUCCGGCCCGAGCAAGCGGAGGUGCAUGCUGAGAGCCGACUUCAGGAGCAGCCGGCGGCCGCUGAGGCGCUGAGUUUCAGGGCCAGAACCUGAUAGCUCUGAAGCCAUCUAGCAUCGCCGCAGCGGCGGCGCCUGAGGGAGACAGUCGCGUCCACCUGGCGGGCCCGGCGCAUGGAGCUGAGGCAGAGGCGGCGGCGGCGGCGGCAGCAGUAGCAGCAGCGGCGGCGGCGGGGGCAGCUCGAGCAGCUGCGGCGACGGCGGCAGCCCAGCCUUGACUGCGGCUGCUCUAGCCCCAGCGCCCGCUGCUUGAGCCCGCCGGCAGCGUGCACCUCGGGAGUCGGCCCGGGAGGUUGGACAGCAUUUGGACUUGGAAUGAAACAAUAAGAGGUUCCAUUCAUGGAUAACCAACAAGAUAAGGCUGUUGUUGCCUCAGCCAAUGGAGAAAACACUAUGAUUAAUGGGGUCAAGGAAAAUGAUUCAGAGGACCAGGAUGUGGCAAUGAAGUCAUUUGCAGCUCUAGAUGCUGCUACACCAAUCCAGCCUAUAUUGGUGGCUCAAAAAGAGAACCUGAUGUAUCCCAGAGGUCUCCUGCCUCUGCCCUCUAAGAAGCCCUGUAUGCAGAGCCCUCCCUCUCCUUUGGGCCUGAUUGAAGCACCUGAGCAUGCUGCUAAUAGUGCUUCUGUGAAUGCCAUCUCCCUUACAUCUGGUGUUUCAAAAGGCCUGAACACAUGGUCACUGCCCAAUGAGUGUGAGAAAGCUCCAUUUGCCAUAAUGGAGCCUGCAGGCAUGUCAGCUCUGAAUGGGGAGUGCCUCAUGCAGCCAAGCCGGACUUGCUUGGGCUGCUUCAUGGAAUCCAAGGAUGCAGUAGAUCCUGAGCCAGGGAUCAGUCUAAAAGUCAGUGAUCUAAAUAGGGAUUAUGAAACUUGUGCAGUCUCUGAUAUAGGGAUUCAGUGUAUUAAUGCUGGAGAAAACAUGAAAUAUGGAGAGCAGCUGCUCUCAGACCAGCUCCUAGGCUUCCCACUGCACAAAUCAAGGGCAGGAGAUAGACGAGAAGCCGAGAAACCUGACAUUGACUUGGAGGACCCAGCUCAGAAAAGUUAUUAUGAGGCAUUACUAUUAGAUAAGUGCAAUACGGAAGAGGCUUUGCUGGCAAAUUCCAAUCAGGAUUGGGGUUACUUUGAGACUUUUAUUAGUGAGAGUAAGAUUGAACUUCUUGACCUCUGUUCCAAGAAUGAGCUGUCUGUCAACCUGUUCUCUGAAGAAGAUGUGGAUAACUACAUGUUCGAUGAUGAUGAGUCAACACUGGGCAGUGAUGUCUGCUCCCUGAAAAUUCGAUAUGAAUCCUUCCAGGACAACGUUCGAGACAAAACCACCCUUUUGAUGCAGGAGGAUGCCCAAUUCAACUUUUUUCCCAGUGUCUUCACUACCUGCCCCAAGCGGGAGUCUAAGAGUGGGGCCCUGAAGCAGAGCAGUGAUCUUUCCCAAUUCAAGGUCCCUGAUGUGAGCAUUAUCUGGGGGGAGGAAGAUAAAAUCUUGGACAAGAAGAAAGGCAAAGAAGAAGGCCAGGAAGACAAAGGUGUAGAGAAAAAAGAGGCAAAGGAUAAUGGAGAAAAAUCUGCCUUAAAUAAACCAUGCAGUGGACCUGAAGUAGGGCAAUUUAAGAAUCCAAAGCAAGGCCAUCUUGCCAAUUCCUUGGAGGCAUCAGGGAAUUUUAGUGAUGACAGUUCCUUCAUUGAGGUCUCUUAUGAUGCCAUGGGGGAGAUCAAGGACUGUAGCCGCUAUAUGGCUCGGGACACUAAUUCUGGCAGCUCCUCCUCCCAGCAGAAUUAUGGGCUGCGAGCCAAGAGAAAAGUCAGGUAUAGUGAAGAUUAUCUAUAUGAUGUUGACUCACUAGAGGGUGAAAAAGUAAAUGAGAGGAAGGAAUGGCUACCAGGUGGUUGUAAAGAGGAAGAUGAUGAUGAAUGGUGUCCCAAAAAGAGAAGAAAAGUAACUCGUAAGGAGCCCCCUGUUAUUAUCAAAUAUAUCAUCAUCAAUCGUUUUAAAGGUGAGAAGAACAUGCUGGUGAAGUUGGGUAGGGUGGAUGCCAGUGAGACAACAGUGAAUUUGAGUGAGACGCAGCUCAACAGAUAUUCCAAGCUGGCCCCCUUGAAGGGCUUCUGGCAAAAGAAGAAAAAGCAGAGAAACAGCAAUUCAGACUCCAACAAAACACCCUUAUGCCAAAAGCAAAGCUUUGAACCAGGUAGCUUUGAGGUGUCAUUCCUGCCACCUGCUCGCAAACGAAAAUCUAAACUUGGCAACAGACACAGGAUUCAAAGAAUCCCAUCCAUGGAAACUUCAGCAAGUGGUAAGCAGGUUUCAUUCUGCAAUGAUGAGAGGCAAGCUAGUAGUCGUAAAGAAGAUGGAGGCCUGAAAGGUACACUGAAGUCAGCACCUCUGGCUGCCCCCAGCUGUGCAAAUGGAUCACAUUUAAAUGACAUCACAGGCCCUGACUCAGUGAAAGUCAAAGCCCAAGAUGCACAAUUUAAGGGGCCAGAGAGGAAAGUGCUCAACAAAAUCAAAUUUAAAAGUGAAGCCAGGUUAAAAUCCAAGAAAAUCAAAGCUGGGCAAGAAAGCAAGCCAGUUGUUCAAAUGACCCCUCUUUUGGGAGACCAAUCUUCCAAGGCUAAUUCAAAGAAUGAAGCUAUUCCUGGGACCUCAAACGGUUCACAUCUAUCUGAAUUUCAUGAGACAAAGGCUGCUAAGAAUUCUACUUUCCUACCAACCACUUGCUCUUCUGAAAUGCCUCUAUCAUCUGCUCAUGUUGCCAACAAUAUACCUGUUAUCCCUGGAGGGUAUUUGCAGACAUUGUUAGAUGCUUCUGACUUGUCAAAUAAUACUGGCAUUUCAUACUUCACUCAGCAUUCUCCAGAGCAAAAUGAAGUCAGCCUCACUCAAACAGAAAAAUCAUUUGUACCUCUCCAGCCUGCCCAGGACUGUGUGCUUUCCUCACCUUCUGAGUCUGAGCUGCUUCAAUCAUCCCAAAACUUCAAAAUGGAAUCAAGCAACUAUGGAAAUGUGUGGCCCAACAAACCUACUUCUGGCUCCCAGGAAUUCAUGGCUGCAGUCUCAAGGGAGAUAGCUCCAAACCAAUCAUGUGAAUUUGGAGUCUCCCAAGUAGUUUCCAUGGAAAAUAACCUCACAGAUACAACAUACAAUCCGAUCUGCCUCAGCAGCAGUGGCAGUAGUUGCAACAAGGUCCUGUAUGCGUCUGUGCAAGACACCCAGCUCUCAUCUGAUGACUCUUAUCAAUUAUGUCACUUUAAUAAUGGAGAGACCUGCUUUCCUUUCCAGCAGGGUCCAGUGAAUAUGGAUGAUGGGCGGCUCUUUAGCUUUGAUUCCAUGGCCCCACUCUCUGUCAACUCAAGCAAUUAUUGCUCCUUAAGCUUGAAGUCUUGUGAAAAGGAUGGUGAUGAUGAUAUCACUGAUGACUUCCUGGCCCACUGCAGCCCCAAGCUGGUGAUCCAGCAGAGCAUUGAUGAAAUAGCACCACUAAAGGAGUCCACUGACCUCCUGGAUAUCUCCAACUUCACUCCUGACAAAUUCCGCCACUCUUCCCUCUCAGAGAUGUCCCCACCUGACACCCCCAGUCUUUCCCCUCAGAUUACCAGAUGUGAGAGUAUCAAGACACUAGGAACACUAAAGGUGUUCCAAGAGGGUGUCCCAGGAAUACUGGGCAAUAUGGAAAAAAUCAAAUGGGACUGCAGUACCCUUUCACGGCAGGUCCAAGUGGAUGAUGGAUUUACUUUAAAUAACCAUCAGUUUCAGUUCCAUAUGUUCAAUGAUGAGGAUUCUGUCAGCCUGCUCCAAAAAGCCCCUUGCUUAUCAGCGUUUAAUGAUCCAUCUGGUCAAAUGAGUACCAACAACAAGGUGUCAAAAUCAAGAAAGAAAAGUUCACCCAACAAGAGUGGGGCUACGAACCAAAGCUCUUCUCAGAAAAACAACAGGAAAAAAAACCCCAAAGCCAACAACAAAGGGAUUGAAAAACCACCUGGCAAAACCUCCCGCCAGGUCCCUAAGUCAACAAAGAAAGGGAAAUUCAUGGCUGCAGUCAAUGGAGAGAAAAUGCAAAUUGGCAUCGGUCGUGGAGGAGGCCAAGUCAACAGCAUAUCCUCCACAGGGAAGACUUUGGCUGAAUGUAUCCAGCAUAGUGGCCCUGUGGCCUCUAUGAAGAUGCCAAGUCAGAAGGGACUUUCUGGAGAUUGGUCUUUGGGGAAGGAGAGCAGCCCAGGCUGGAGUGACAUGAGCCUGGGCACCAACACCAACAACCUUCUGGAUGAUGAUCAACGGGAAUUUCAGGAACCUUCUUAUAUCUUGUCCAACAUUGCCUCUGGUAUGGCAGAUGUGCAGAGAUUCAUGAUGGCCUCCAUAGAGCCCCUUUGCGAACCCAUGGAGCACCAUGGAGACCCCAAUAUAUUCUACUCCCCUGAGUCCAAUAGUCUAAAAUUAAAAACCCUCAAAAUAUUGGCUGGGACACCACAGGAAUCUAAGAAAAAGGCCAACAGUGGCUCUCCAGGAGCCACUAAGAAUCACAGGUCCAUCAAGGGUGUGAGUAAAAGCAAUGGGAAAGCAGCGAUAGGUGAUCCUGGUCGUGCAAGCAUGUCUGGUUAUAACGAGGACUCUCGCUCUGCCUUCUUUGAUAAAAAGUAUAAUAACCUGAGCACUUUAGGCAAUAAUGGACCGACACACAAAAAGUUAUAUCGUCACAAAACCAGCUCCAAGGCCCUGAGAGAUGAGAAGUGUAAGGGAAAGCGUAUGGAGCGAGAACAGGUCCACAAGGAUGAGGCUGGGACAGCUUCUUUUGAAAAACUGAGGUAAUACUGCAUCAAAAUGGCUGAGAUGAUGCACCCUUAGCUUUCCUACUCUGCUAAGCCCGCAGUCCCUCAUUUUUUUCCCUCUUGAAAGCAGUUUGCAUGAAAGAAACUGUCCCAUUCCCUUCUUUUUCAAAUUAAAACGAAAAGAAAAAAAGUGCAUGAAAAUCCCUAUACCUCUAAGCCACACAAAAGAUUGGGCAAUUUUGUAGUGGCUUGACUAGGGAUAAAUUCUGACAAGGCUACUUUUUCUGCUAGUCAGCAUUAGUUUUUACUUACUGAGAAAAUACAACUAAAAUAUGCUCUUGAAUGACUUGGGGAAGGGAAGGACUUUGCAGUGAGAAAAUUUUUGAAUAACAGAAUUUAAAAGUUAUAUAGACAAAAAUGCCAAGAUCAUUUAAGCAAAAAGAGCAUAAUUUGGAAAACAAAAUCUCAUCAUUUGGCAAUUAGGAGUGCUUUCUAGUGGCCCCUGCUAUUUGUAUCUUUUUCUGCAUCGUACGGCAUCUAGUAUGAUGUAAACAAAUUUAGAUUGUAUGAUCCCUUUGUGGGACAUACACUAAAGCUAACUAAGAUGGCAUAAAUUGUUUGGUUUUUCUGCAGGGAUUCCGACUACAAUCUCCUAAAAGCAGAAACAGCAUUUUGGGUUUUACCUGUGUUUGAAGAAGAGACUCCCAUUUUCCAGAAAGACAUUUGAUGUUUGUGUUUUAUUUCUUUCAAAAUAUGCCUUGUGGUAUGUAUGUUGACAUGUAAGUGCUUAAAGAAAAGAAUUUUAAAGUGUGGGAAUAAGUCUUUGGAAGCAAACUUUAAUCUGAUGUUCUAUGUAAAAGACUUUAGAAGUCAUACAGUUGCACAAAGUAGUUUAUGCACUGUUUACCCAAGGGGAAAGGAAGUAAAACAUUGUGCCAAACUACAAAAAAGUGACUGUAUUGUAUAUAUUUUUACUUCUAUAUCAACAUUUGGUUGUGAGUAUUUGGGGAGCUUGUCCCUGUUAAUUUACUAGAAACAUUCCAGUGAUUCUUGCUAUUAACCAUCCCCACUUAUGUGGAUAGCAUCUGUAGAUCACAGUGGAAAAAUAUGUUGUGUUACACAAUUUACCAAAACUUAAAGGAUACUGUUUGAAAUGUGCCAAAUUUCCUUACCUCAUCUCACAGAUUCACCCCACAUUUUAAAGCUCAUUAAUUAAGUUUUAAAAUAUAUAUAUCUAUAAGCAUACAUACAUUAUUUUAAAAAUUUAAAUUCUACUGUCCUGUGUGGAAACAUGAACCAUUAAACAAGGCACAAUAAAGGUUUGUUUGUUCCAUUGUAUAAGGGUUAAAGUGUUGGAAAAGUCUGGAAGUCACAACAGCUAAGUCCAUCAGGGACCCAAGUAUAUGCAUUUACAGAAACUUUUACAAGGAAACAAAACAGCUGCUUUAAAGUUUGUUUUCUAAAAGCAAAAUCUGUAGCUGAAAAUUAUUUAAAGUGCAAAGUUAUAUUGCUGAUACUUUAUAUCUCAGUUUUAUAUAUUUUAUAAUAGUCUGGGAUAAAUUAUAAAAUAGCUAUAAAAUUAACACUAAGAUAAAUGAAGUACAUAGAUUGCUUUUAUUUAAGUAGUUUCCUAAAUGUUUUAUUCCAGUUUUGUCAAAAGUGCACUCAUAUCAUGGCUUUAGUGUUAAGUGUUUAAUCUUGCAAUGCCAAUGUCAUUUAAAGAAAAUGUUAAGGCAUCUCAGUUUGACACCUAUGAAUCACAUUCGAUAAGCUGAACAAUUUGUGAUAACAACUAAUUGGGGCCAUAUAUACUUAGUCUGAACAUAACUAGUAUUUGAUGCCACACACUAAACUUAAUUCCCAAUCUUUAAUAUAAAUUUUUGAAAUCACAUUUUUUUAUUCAAGCCCUUUCCCUUUUUAAAAAAUUUCACAGCUUCAGCAUCCCUCACGACUAGCUUUUUCUUCCCCUUUAUUCACCACUUGACUUCUAACAUUUGGUCUAUUUUCCUUGCACAGUUGAAGGCCUGUGUGUCUGAUGACUGUUGCAUUAUGGCACAGAUGAGAUAAUGGACGUGAAAGCGCUUUGUAGAUCGUAAAGUGCUAUAGAGAUAUAGGGGAUUCAUAUUAUUAAUAUUGUUGGUUGUUGUUGUUGUUACUCUUACUAUUCUUACUAAUAUUGUUACUAACCUAUUAACUUGUGAAUAUAUAGGC